AUGUCAUACCGUGCUGCCAACAGGGGGAACAACCAGACUUCAGACUCACAGAGAGCCAAGUGCGAUCCUCACUAUGUAGUCUGUCACAUUUAGUUUACUGACAUGUUUGAUGCCUGCUGACAUUUGCAGCUUGAUGCGCGAUUCUAGGAGCUUCUAGUUUAAUUCUUUUUGUUUUUUUUUGUUUUUUUUGUGCAGUGGGACUUCUAAACGCGCGUACCGGGGAGUGUUUCUGCUUCUGUAUGAUCACCCACACCGGCUUAAAAACAAUGGCGAGGCGUAAAAGGCGCAAUCUGCUUUAAGUGUUGCGCUUAAACCCAGCCUGGACUACCCAGAACCAUCUCGGGGGCUUCUGCGAUACAACAGGGAACCAACACAGGACAAAAAAGGCACUCGGUGCGACAUGGAAAGCCCGAUCGAGAACCCAACCAGGGCUGUGGAAUAUUUGAAGGAGCUUAACAAGAUCAUCGAGACCCAGCAGGAGUUGCUGGAGAGGCAGAGGGGAAGGAUAGAGGAGCUGGAGCAGCAAGUGUCCGACUUGUGCACGGAGAACGCCUGUCUGAAGGAGCAGUACCAGCGGCACCUGGCAACCUGCAGGCUGCUGCAGGGCAGCAACAGCCUGGUCACUCUAGGAGCCAUAAAGGAACAUAUCACACAGGAAAAGUCUGAAUUGGACUCUUCCAGAAUGGUCAGGAGACAUGCCUCCCUGCCUGUGGAAGUCAUAGAGAAUCCUGGGAGGUUAGUGUCUGCGGGCCACAGAAGAGUCGUCCCCUGCCGCAAAUCGGCUUCCUUUGGUGUGGAAGGGGAUGGACGGCCCAAUGAGAGUGGCCCUUCUCUGGAUGGUGGAGCCAGUUUUGGCCAGGGCCCGGUGACUCACGGCUCUGCCAUCAGCCCUGACCGAUUUGACAGCCCGCUUUACAGCCACGGAGUCCAGCCUGGGCCUCAGAGACCCCGUCGGCCCAAGCUCCAGCACUCGCAGUCCAUUCUCCGUAAGCAGGCUGAGGAGGAGGCCAUCAAGCGGUCCCGCUCGCUCUCUGAGAGCUAUGAGCUCUCUGCUGACCUCCAGGACAAACAGGUGGAGAUGCUGGAGCGUAAAUAUGGUGGACGAUUCAUAACUCGGCAUGCGGCCCGCACCAUCCAGACAGCCUUCCGCCAGUAUCAGAUGAACAAGAACUUUGAACGUCUCAGGAGCUCUAUGUCUGAGAACCGUAUGUCCAGACGCAUUGUUCUCUCCAACAUGAGGAUGCAGCUCUCAUUUGAGGGCCCAGAGAAAGUGCACAGCUCCUACUUUGAAGGGAGGCAGGUGUCCAUGACGGAGGAUGGCACCCCACUGUCCAUGGUGCAGUCUGAAUGUGGAGAUAUAGAGGUCCACCAACAGGCCAACAUGGCAUCUCACCCAACCCCACAGGGUGACCUGACAGAUGCCAUCACAGAGCUGGAGGAUGCCUUUUCCAGGCAGGUUAAAUCUCUGGCUGAGUCGAUAGAUGAUGCACUAAACUGUCGCAGCCUUCAGGGGGAUGAGGGUCCUGACCCAGAAGCCAUGGGCUGCUCUAAGGUGGAGAGGGAAGUGCCCUAUCAGGUGAAGUCCCACCGCAGGGCAGCUGGACGAAUGCAUGAUGAAACGAUGGCAUCCUAUAGUGAUGUUACUCUGUUCAUCGAUGAGGAGGACAUGUCCCCCUCUAUGGCUCUGUCGAGGUCAGGGGAACAGCCCUGUAGCACAGAAUCAGACUUGCGGUUGCGGUCAGUCAACUCCUCUCAGGAGUACUGGCCUGUCGACCCCAAAGAUGAGGGUCGUGACACAGACACAAGCUGCCGCAGCACUCCUUCUCUAGAGUGCCAAGAGCAGCGACUUAGAAUGGACCAUCUUCCUUUAUUGACCAUAGAACCUCCUAGUGACAGCUCUGUAGAGCUCAGUGACCGGUCUGACCGUGGCUCUGUCAAACGACCGCCUGUGUAUGAACCACAUGGCCACAUUGUAACAUCAUCCCAGGCAAGCCCUAAACACAUUUCCCAUGGACCCCCACCACGAGCUUCCUCCCGUGACGAUGACGCACCUCUGCGCCACCGCCAUCGCCAGCUGGAAAGCCACUUAGCUAUCAACGGCUCAGCCAACAGACAGAGUAAGUCAGAAUCUGACUUCUCUGAUGGGGACAACGACAGCAUCAAUAGCACAUCCAACUCCAAUGACACCAUCAACUGCAGCUCCGAGUCCUCUUCAAGAGACAGCCUACGAGAGCAAACACUCAGCAAGCAGACUUAUCACAAAGAGACUCGCAACAGCUGGGACUCGCCCAUCUUCAGUAACGAUGUUAUUCGCAAGAGAUACUACCGCAUCGGCCUGAAUCUCUUCAACAAGAAGCCAGAGAAGGGCAUCCAGUACCUGACUGAGAGAGGAUUUAUCCCUGACACACCAGUUGGUGUGGCUCACUUCCUGCUGCAGAGGAAGGGGCUCAGCAGGCAGAUGAUUGGAGAGUUUCUGGGCAACCGGCAGAAACAGUUCAACAGAGAUGUCUUGGACUGUGUGGUAGAUGAGAUGGACUUCCAGGGCAUGGAGCUGGACGAAGCUCUCAGGAAAUUUCAGAACCACAUCCGUGUUCAGGGUGAGGCCCAGAAGGUGGAGCGACUCAUCGAAGCCUUCAGCCAGCGCUACUGCAUCUGUAACCCCACCGUGGUGCGGCAGUUUAGAAACCCUGACACCAUCUUCAUCCUGGCAUUUGCCAUCAUCCUCCUCAACACUGACAUGUACAGCCCCAACGUCAAGCCCGAAAGGAAAAUGAAGCUGGAGGACUUUAUCAAGAAUUUAAGAGGUGUGGAUGAUGGGGAGGAUAUUCCUAGGGAGACUCUGGUGGGCAUCUAUGAGAGGAUCCGUAAGCGAGAGCUCAAGACGAACGAAGAUCACGUCUCACAGGUGCAGAAGGUUGAGAAGCUCAUUGUGGGAAAGAAACCAAUCGGAUCUCUCCACCAUGGCCUGGGAUGUGUGCUGUCGCUGCCCCAUCGCCGGCUGGUGUGUUACUGCCGCCUGUUUGAAGUUCCAGAUCCCAACAAACUCCAGAAGCUGGGCCUGCAUCAGCGGGAGAUCUUCCUGUUCAACGACCUCCUAGUGGUAACCAAGAUUUUUCAGAAAAAGAAGAACUCCGUAACGUACAGCUUCCGACAGUCUUUCUCUCUGUAUGGGAUGCAAGUCAUGCUGUUUGAAAAUCAGUAUUACCCAAAUGGAAUCAGACUUACAUCAGCGAUACCAGGUGCGGACAUCAAAGUCCUCAUCAACUUUAACGCACCCAACCCCCAGGACCGCAAGAAGUUCACAGAUGACCUACGAGAGUCCAUUGCCGAAGUCCAGGAAAUGGAGAAAUACAGAAUAGAGUCUGAGCUGGAGAAGCAGAAAGGGGUGGUAAGGCCCAGCAUGUCACAGAGCUCCGGCCUGAAGAAGGAAGCUGGCAACGGGAACAUGAACCGCGCUAGUCUAGAUGACACCUACGCCAUGGGAGAGGGCCUGAAGAGGAGCGCCCUCAGCAGCUCCCUGCGAGACCUCUCCGAAGCAGGCAAGCGGGGGCGUCGCAGCAGUGCAGGAUCACUAGACAGCAAUAUGGAAGGGUCCAUCAUUAGCAGCCCACACACACGCCGGAGAGCCACCACGCCACGUGAGGGCGCACCACGCGGCCAUCCCUCCAUCCCUAACUCAGCAUCGACUUCCAUCCUUGGGUCGCUCUUUGGCAGCAAGCGAGGCAAACCGUCAUCUCAGAGCCACUCUCCUUUCCCUCCACCCGGUCAUCCCACUCUCAUAUCCCACAAGCCCCACCCGACCAACCUGCACCACACAGCACAGGUAGCACAUACAGUGCAGGCCCAACUCCAUGGUCCCCAUUCCCAGUACUGCCAAGUCCCGCAGAACCCUCCGCCUUACCACCACCACCACCACUACCACCCCCCGCCCCACACACAGUACCACCAGCACCCAGCCUACGCCUCACACGCACACCAACACGCCCAUUCACAGCACAGCCAUUACAGCCAGCAUUCCCAUCAUGCCUCACACUCCCAGCAUGCUCCUCACCACCACAGUCAGCAAGCGGGUUCGGCACCUGGCGGACCCAAACCCAAACACAGUGGCAUCAGCACCGUAGUGUGAUGCUCCUAACACAGAGAGGAGAAGCGAGGAGGGAACUUAAUGAAGGAGGGACAAUUGCUUACACCAAAGGGACUGACAGCAUAACUCUAUGGCCUGUCCACUGUGUUUUACUGCUGCUGUGAUGGAAACCAGUCACAUGCAGUCACCUUUUUCACCUCCAGGUCCAACUAAUAUGCAGGAUGGAAAUCGGACUCAAAUCUUCCACCAGGGGCCUUUUACUAGUUUGCCUGAUCAUGGGCCUGGCCCCAUCAGGGCUUUGUGGGGGUUCUGUACAGGAAGAUGCUCUAUGUUUUCCACACACACCACUCGGCCGUGAUGGCUGGAGAGAAAAUGUGUUUUCUCACCAAGCCGCUCUCCACUGCUUCAUUCCCUCAAUAACCUGUCUUACCUUCACAUAAUCAGGAGGAAAGACGACCUGAGACGAGAACAUGGCUGACUGUUUUCUCUGUCACAAUUGGUUUGCAGAUCCUACCAUCAUAUGAAUGCAAUUUGUUGUUGCCUCCCGUAGAGCUCAUAUGUAGUGGAGAACCUAGAUAUAAUCAUUUCACACUAACUUAAAUCAAAGGACAGGUUAAACAACUGAGUCGACCGUCUCAGUCAUUGUAGUUCUAGUGCUGUAUUUACUGUAGAUGACAGCUAUAUGUGUUGUCUCCUAGCUCUCAUAAAUAAAUGUGCCAAUUAUUAAUGCAUAAUCUAUUUAGUCAAGACUUCAUGUACAGUAUAUUGUGCGUAAAGUAAUUUGUAAGAUUAUACUUACAAUUAUUAUUAUCAGCAAAAAUGAAUUCUAUCAGUAUUAUACUGACUCUGUGGUAACAGGAUGUAGAUCUGAAAGGAGUGAACUCCCAUUCAGUCCGGCCUAUAAUCUAUUCUGGAACUUUUGCCUUUCAAAUGGAUCAGAAGGAGCUUCUGGAUGGCAGCUGUCGCAUAUGGGCCUCAAAACGCUGUGCUGUCACAGCUGAAGCCUCAAAGCAGACUUUUCCUGUCAACUCUCACGAAUGAUAAACAGGGCUGGUUGGUUGUUUUAAUCUCAGUUUACUACUCAUACUGUGGCUGCUUGAACUGUAAAAAAAUAAAUAAUAAUGAAUAUUAAGAGUGAAAAGACAUUAAACACACUUGAAGGCUCAGUUUAUGUUACAAAUGGACCCACAGAACGUGUUGAACAUGUUAAGUCUGUUGCCUUUAACAUAUGCGACAGCUGCUCUCUUGACUCUUCAAGUCAAAAAUAGAAACACUUUUGAAAUCUUCUUUUGCCUUGUUUAGUAUGUUUAUGUUAUUCACCAGCAAGGUUUGGUGAGUGAAUAAAAUCAGUUCUUGCAUAGUAAAAAUAUUUUUUUCAUCUUUUUUCUAUCAUAUGUGCAAUAUCUUUGUACUGAUUUUGUACAUUAAGAACAAGGUGUCCCUCCAAUUUGUGCGUUUUUUUUUUUUUUUAAUGUUGCGUCAUUAUUUAUUUAUUUUUUGUUUUUGACCCCUGUCAGAGUCUUUCUCAGUAAAUUAAUGUGUGGCUGUCCUCGUGGUCUAAUGAGAGGUACAGACUUGGAGUUCAGUGGAAUGUCUAGUAAGUGAUUUUUGCAUGUAAUGUUAUUAAUGUGAGGCUAUCCUCUGCACAUUGUAUAACAAAUCAGUGUUACCAUAGCAAGUUUAAGUGCAAUCAUGUUCAGAAAAUGCAGACUUGUACUAAGAGUGAAAGUUUGUUAUCUUGUUUUCCAAGACAAGAUUCAGGUGAAAAAAAAAAAACUUUUUUCAUUUAGGAAUAUAUAAAUACUUACUUACACAGUUCACAGUGGAAAGAGGAAUGUGUGUAUAUAUUUUAAUAAAAGGAAUAUGCUUCUCUUGGGGCUGAACAGAAAUAUUUUGCUGGAUAAGCACAUAUGGAAGAACACUUUCAUUUUUUCAGGAAAUGCAAUUAUAAUAUACAAAAUGCAAACUGAACAAAGGAACUGGGUAUAUGUAAAGAAUAACUUUCUACAUUCUACAAAUAAGAGUCUAUUCUAGUGUGUAAAUUAGUGACAGUAAACUGUUUGUCCCGAUAUUCAGGUUGUAAAAUGUAUUUUAACAUUCACAAAUAAAACCAUUGCCAUAAGUCAGGCUUAUUCUCACACAUUUUUCCUCAUGGGAAUUAACAAGGAAAGUUCAGAUGACAGACAUAUCACAUUAUGGGACAUUAAUGAUCAGUUGAAUGUGUCUUUCCAGUGAUUUCAUAUCUUUGCUAUAAUUCUGAAAUCUUGGGACGAUGUAAAACCGAGGAAUCUGUUUAUUUUGGUGUGUGUUGUAGUGCUUCAAAUGUCUACAGUCAUUCUUUGUGAGAAAGUACCCCAACAAUGCACUGCAUGGAUCAUCAUGUGUCCUAUUCACUGUGAGCUGAUGGGGAAAAAGAAUCAGCCUAUAAAUUUUGACUUCUCCUUUGGUUUUGAUUAAUUUGGAAUUUCCUGAUGUUGACGUGUUCUUGUUGUUCCAUGUUUGGCUGGUAGUUAUUGAAGCUCGGCAUGCAUUUCAUCAACAAAGCCAUUGUGUAAAUUACAAACAUAAAGAACAUUGCACUUCUGUUGCUGAGGGCUUUCAUCGUGUAAAUAUGGGAUUUUGGUGUGCAAACUGAUAAACUGCUUGGAAGGAGGGUUUAUCUUUAUGAGGCUGCAAAGGGACCAAGCCAGGGGGUUAUAGGAACUGUACAUAAUGUGUAUAGGAUCAGCACUCUAUUCUGAUACCUGCAGUUAAGAUCAGGAUGUAUAUACAUCACCUCAUAGAUGGAUUAGAGAGGUGAUAUAUGAACAUAUCGAUUGUCUCUGCGUCCAGCUGUCAUGAACUGACAUUUGCUGUAGAAAUAAAAAACAGACUGUUAGAAAGUUCGCUGCCAUUUACAUCCAGCUCUUUUUUCAUACAUGCAACACCUACCACAAACACACACACACAAACACACACACACAUAUACUGUACACACAAAUAUACACACAUCCUGCUGCAAGCUGUUCAGUCUGGCGUGAGACACAUUUUAAAAAAAAGGAAAAGACAAGAAUGGCCUCAUUUAUAUGUGCAUUCUGUUUGUACAGUGAGUAGUGAGUCAGUAAGACCCCAGUUAUUGUAAAACUUCAACUGUGACAAUGUUGAGAAAGCAAAAUAAACGAAUAUAUGACUUA